CAGCACAAAGAACCUUUCCCUUCCCUCUCAAGCAAAACCCACCAACUUCCUUUACCCCCCUCAACUUCCAUUUUCCAUCUGAGUUUCUUCUCCUCUCAAAUCUCAAAGCUUCCAAAACCCAAUAAACAAACAACCCAUAUUCAAACUUUUAUUUUCUUCCCAAAUCUUAAUCAACCCACUAUUUAUACUUUGAUUUUACAACUAGAUAUUUAUUUACAUGUCAGAGAGGGGUCACCGGCGACGAUCUCAGGCGACCAGAGGCCGGAAAGUAAGGACGCCGAACCCCUCGCCGUCGCCGCACCGACGGUACUCUCAACCUCGGCGAUCGCCCAGGCAGCACCACAAUCACCACCACUCUAACCAUAUUUUUCUGCUCGUCGGUGGUAGCGAUUUUGGGGAGGAGGGUUUUCGUGUUCGAGACCUGAGGUCGGAUCCGGAGGGUGUUCUGUUCCGGCCUCAGACUUGUACGGACAUCUUUGCUUCGUCUCCUUCGUUGAUGAUGCCCUUCUCCCCCAAGAAGCACGAGGGAUACAUGAAAGAUGCAAAGGUGGUUUUGAAUGUGUCCGUUGAAGGAAGCCCGGGACCGGUUCGAGCCAUGGUUAAGCUGAGAUCUACAGUGGACGAGACAAUCAAGCUUGUUGUUGACAAAUAUAGCAAAGAAGGUCGAACUCCCAAGCUUGAUAAGGAUGAGGCAUUGUCAUUUGAGUUGCAUCAGUCCUAUUUCAGCCUUCAAAGUUUGGAUAAAUCAGAAGUAAUUGGGGAUUGUGGCAGCAGAAGCUUCUAUCUUCGAAAAAACAGCAGCAAUCACAGUAGCAACAAUGGAGGAUCAACUUCUUUCACCUCUGAAGCCGUUCCUGCGAGAGCAAACUCUCCUCCACCGUUGGCACGCCCUGUCUUCUUACUCCCGAAUUUUUUCGCUCGUAAACUUGGCAAAAUCAUCAGGAGGACGCAUAAGCUUUGGAGAAUCAUAAUCUGCAUGAAAUGAGCUGUACAAAGAACCCAAAAAAAAAAAACCAUUGCUCUAGAG